AUGGCGCAAGCCAGUAUUUCAGUAACGGAAAGCCAAUUUAGGUGCUCAAUAUGCCUGGACAUUUUGAAAGAUCCAGUAUCGACACCCUGCGGACACACAUACUGUAUGGUAUGUAUUAACAGCUAUUGGGAUAAAGCCGACACUGGUCCAUGCAGCUGUCCGCAGUGUCGAGAGACGUUUAGUCCAAGGCCAGUUUUACGCAGAAAUACCGUACUCGCCGAAGUAGUGGAAAAGCUGAAACUCAACGAGGUGCUCUGCACCGGAGCUCCUGAGCCGUACCUCGGUGGAGUAGGGGAUGUUGCUUGUGACUUCUGCCCCGUGGAGAACAAGCUCAAGGCGGUCAAAUCCUGCUUGGCUUGCCUGGUCUCUUUCUGUGAAAUGCACGUUGCUCCACACAGGGAAGUGGGGACUCUCAGGCGACACCGAUUAGUAGACGCGAUAGAGAAUUUAGCUGACAGAUUAUGCGCGCAGCAUCGGCUUGGCCUGCAGGGCGGUGGUUUCGACAGCGACGCGGGGGACUGGAGCGGUGAUUGUUUACUGUGUGAGGCGGACCAAGAAGAAGCACACCAUGUAGAUUCCCAAAGAGCAAGGAAACAGGCGCAAGUGCAAAACUCCCAGAGGGCUGUACAGAGCAGGAUACAGAAUGGGGAGAGAGAUUUGGAAGAGCUUCAGCAGACGCUCGAUUCCCUUAAGUGCUCCUCAUCAGCUGUGCUGGAGGAGAGUGAGGCUCUAUUCAGCGAGCUUGCUCAGAGGCUGGAGAAGACACGGGCGGAGGUGCAAACACGCCUUUUGGGUAGGGAAAAGGCGAUGCUAGGGCGGGUGGAGAGGGAGAUGGAGGAGCUAGAGAGAGAGCUGGCGGAGCUCCGGAAAAGGGACCAGGAGAUGAACGAACUGCUCCUCACCGAGGACAACGCCCAUUUCCUGCAGAUGGCCCCUCUACUCUGCAUGCUUCCAAUCAAGGGGCGUCGCCCUCGAUCGGUAGAGGUGUCCACAGAGGGUUUCAGUGCAGCGAGAAAAGCCCUGAGCCAUCUGAGGGCCAGGAUCGAGGAGUUGUGCAGAGAGGAAGUGGAGAAGAUCGGCAAAGCUGUUGGUGAAAACUCAGCCCAUCACUUGCCUGGGGAGAAUCAAAAAGCAGCAGCAGCAGCAGCAGCACCAAAGGCAUUCCCCCUGUCCGCCCCGGCCCUCCAGCCGGCGGAUCAGCGUCUGAGAUCCUCCUUUCUCAGGUUUUACUGCCACCUGACAUUGGACCCAGAUACAGCCCAUCCCACCCUGUGUCUCCUAGAUGGCUCCCAAGGAGCCCACUGCGGGGAGGAACCCCAGCCAUACGCUCCUCACCCCCAACGCUUUGACAGCGUGGCCCAAGUCUUGUGCAAAGAAGGCCAGUUUGGGAGCAGUUACUGGGAGGUGGAGUGGAGAGGUGGGGGGUGGGUAGACAUCGGAGUGACGUACAAGGGCAUCGGGAGGAAGGGAGGCGGGAAGCCGUGCUUGCUGGGCCGCAACGAAAACUCGUGGCGCUUGCGUUGCACCCACGCCGGCUACGCCGCCUGGCACGACAACAGGAAAACCACCGUGGCCGCGCCUCCCUGUCCCCGGAUCGGAGUCUUCCUGGAAAGGCAGAAAGGAGCGCUCUCUUUCUACAGCGUCUCUGACUCCGUGACUCUGCUGCACACCUUCAGCUGCCUGUUCUCCCAGCCACUCUAUCCUGCUUUCAGACUGGACCUAGACUCCACCCUUCUCAUCUGUCAACCUGAGGGUCCCAAUGGUGACUCUACCCUUUGACCUCCACCCGUGGAAGUCCCAUCUAAGGCUUGAACCCCGGUAUGUUCUCAAAA